AUGCUUCUUACUUCUUCUGGUGGUUAUAUUCAUAAGAAGGUGGCAAAAGAUGUUACCGAGAAGUCACUUAAAGGUUGUUCUGAGAAGGAAGUCCCAACUAGGUUUGAGAAGGUUGUUCAAGAAGUUGUUAAAGAACUUUCUAUUCCUGAACCUGUUGUUAAGAAGUCAAAUAAAUUGAAGACGAAAUCCAACUCUUCUAGUGUUGUUAUAAACGAUAUUACCGAUGAAGAAGUUCAAAAUAAAAGGAAUUGUUCAGCUGCUGGUUUGUUGAAUACAUUGAAGAAGCUAAGGGCUCAGACUGUCGAAGAGUCCUCUACCAAAGCUACAUCAAAUACUUUUGAAGCAGAUUAUGAUAGCGAAGAGAAAGAAGAUGCAGUUCUUGGGAAUUAUGAUCUCAUUUUUAAUGAUUCACCACAAAGGGAUGCCAUUGUCAAAUCGAAUGUUGAGGAGACAAGUAUCAUUAAUGAAAACGUUACUUGA